GGCCUUUCCAUCGGGUAGGUACCCAAUGUGUCACAAACAUCACUGAAGAAGAUCUUCACCCUGGGAAGCGUGAUCCCCUCCACAUUAAACAGGAGGAGGAGUGGGAGAUGCCGUAUAUCAAACAGGAGGCGGAGCCAGAGACCCCCAGCAUUAAAGAAGAAGAACAGGAAGAUGAAAUCACCAAAUUUCCCAUGACUCUCGGUGUAAAGAGUGAAGAAGAUGAAGGUCUGAGCGAAGAAAGUGGAGCAGCGAAACCUUCGAGCGACAGCUCAAUUCAGCACCUGACAUCAAACGGAGAAGAACGAUUGCAACCGGAAGGCCUCUUAUCUCCACUUUCGGACAGCGACGAUGUAACGUCACACUCUUCUGACUUUAACACUGAUGAGGAGGAUGAUGACUUUGACCAAAAUGAUUCAAAUUCUUUAAACGAGUCAUCAUCGAGCAGAGACGCAAAAGAAUGCGCGGUUUGGAAACCUUUUCCCUGCACACUUUGCGACAAAAGAUUUUCAAAGAACACUGAUUUAGAAAAGCAUAAGCGUACACACACUGGAGAAAAACCUUUUGUUUGCACAUAUUGUGAUAAAAGGUUCACAGAGAAGGGAAAUUUAAACAAACACACCAGCACACACACUGGAGAGAAGCCUUUCACCUGCUCAUUUUGUGAGAAAAGAUUUCGUUCAAAGUUUCAGGUGACAAGACACACGCGUACACACACUGGAGAAAAGCCUUUUUCCUGCUCAGUUUGUCAUAUCGGAUUCUGUCAGAAGGGAACUUUAAACAAACACGAAAGGACACACACUGGAGAGAUGCCGUUCGCUUGCUCAUUUUGUGGGAAAAGAUUUCGUUCCAAGUAUCAGGUGACAAGACACACGCGUACACACACUGGAGAAAAGCCGUUUUCCUGUUCAGUUUGUCAUAACAGAUUCUAUGAGAAGGGAACUUUAAACAUACAUGCAAGAACACACACUGGAGAGAAACCUUUUGACUGCUUAGUUUGCGGUAAAAAAUUCACUCAGAAGUCACAUUUAAUAUCGCACGCAAAAAGCCACACUAGGGAAUAACCUUUGAAUUAUCAGUUAUCUUGGCGCUGUCCAAGCCAAGACACGUUCGUUGUUUUCCAAUGGACUGCACCACCGUGAUCAUUAUGGACGUCUCUGUUGUCCUUGAUGUCUGUUCCCUUGGCUUAUCACCGCUGCUGGGUCAUUUCACCUCAUCUUUUUUAUCGGACACUCAGACUCACGUACUUUGGGCUCUUUUGCCCACCCCCACAAUCAUUCCUCUCAAGCACUCAUAUUUUAAAUGUCUUCUGUUUGUCAAUUACACUAUGGUUUUAAUAAUCUUAUCUCUUAGGUACUGAAGUAGCACUGCAAUGAAAACCGGUGUGUUUAAGCAUGAUCAAUGUUUACUUGGUUAGCAAACAUUUAAAGAAUUACUUGAUCUUUUUACUUUAACUAUUAAAUAUUUGUGUUCAUUAUUGUCACUUGGAAACAUAGCCAAUGUGUAUUUCUGUUUGUAUUUAUUUUCAAUUCAUCGAUUUAGUUUUGAAUGGCAUUGUAUAAAUGUAUCCAUUCGUUAAUAUAAUAGAAUUUGCCAAAUACACAAAUGGCUAAUAGCUUAUUUAUUUAUAUGCAAUUAUAUUUUAUUUCAGGGAAUACGUCGUUAUUAGUCUUGUGCAUUGUAGUAUUUUACUCUCUGAAUUAUUCUAGAAUUGCGUGACCUACUAUUCCUAUUGAUUUGUUUUUUUGUUUGUUUGUUUGUUUUUUACUUCCUCUGUUGUGAACGCUUUUUAGAGCUCUUGUCUGUUUUAUUUCAAAAUCAAUUUCAGAGUGUCACUUGGGGACAUAGCCAAUGUGUAUUUGUCUUUGUAUUCCUGUGGAAUUUUGUUUUUUUUUUAACAUUGUAUUAAUCAAUUUUUUUACAUCAUUAGAAAAAUAUAUAAAAUUAAUCAUUUAUAACUAUAUAAUAAAUAUUGUAAUUGGUUAUAUUUAUCAGUCAAGUAAAAAAAAAACCUUACCAACAGCGACCUCUCC